AUGACGGGACAGUACUAUUCCAUGCCGUCAAACGGCCAGAACGAUAUCCAUCUCCAAUACCAGAACCCACCAUUAUUACAUACACCAAGCCCAUCGCCAUUGCCAUUUCCACCAAGACGAUUUCAAGGCCUUCCAGCACGCCGUCGAUCAAAAGUCAAACUAUGGCUAGGCCUCAUUGGAAAAUGGUUCGUCACGAUUAUGUUUAUCGUAGUCAUCUACAUCAUUCUAGUCGCCUAUGCUCUCUACGAUGUCAUCUCGGAGCUUCAGAAAAAAUACUUUAAUGCGCUUAUCACGGGAUUUCUUAUCGCUCUGGGUCUCACGACAAUGAGUCAGUUGACGCAUUCGGUGCAGGACUUGCGAUGGUGGAUAUUGAGUAAGCGGCCUAGGUCACGACAGAAGGUCAAAGCUAUUUUGCAAGUCCAUAGCAUGAGUCAAGUCUUGGUCUUGGCCUUUAAAUCAAGUCGAUGGACAAUUCACCUUGGAGUCGCAACCUGGGUAGCACUAUUCCUGGCAACGCAAAUUGGUUACGCCUCACUAGGUCUGUGCUACGCUAUCGAAAAGACCGAGGAGCAUGCCCUCCUGAUUCCCGGACACGUCUCCAUCGCCAACUUGAGCACCAUCUCUACCUCGAGUAUUGUCAACGCAUCCAGCUCGUCAAAAGCAGAGGACUACGCGGCUAACAGCUACGGCAUCGUAUCGCUGGGUAUGAGUCAGGGCUUUCUUGACGAAAUUCCUGAACCUGGGACUUUAUUCUUUGCCGACAACAAGUUUUUGUUUUGUGAUGUGAAUUGCUCUUAUGUUUUCCGCGAGACAAACACGUAUACUUUGGAUAAUCCUACCAAAGCUCCGGUUGCUGUUAUUACGAAUAGAAAGGUCAACAUUGGGACACACUGCGACGCAUUCAAGGUUCGGCAAUCUCAAAAUGAGACUCAGGAAAUUAUCACUAUUCAAGAUGGGGGCAAAGACAGAAACAUCACGCUACCCAACAAGGAAGUUUCUGGUGAAAAGGUGUACAUGACAUCUGCGUCUCGUGACUGCGGUAAGGAUUGCAGCGUCGUUUCCGUUUAUGAGCCAUCAUCGACAAAUCCGUGGUUCUACAACUGCACCGUCCAAAUGGGUCCUGUUCAAAAUUCGACACGACCAGAGCACGAAGUUGGCGAGAGACUGGCACGCUUGGCAACAUCAGCGAUAGCCCUGGGAGGCCCCGACGGCGCAAAUGACACCAAAUCAAACAGUUACCCCGAUGCGUCAGUCUUCGGCAUACCAAUGAAUGGCUCAACCAAAGGAGUCGAAAUCCUUCUCUCUCGCUUCGCAACGGGUGUGCUAGCAGCUGCCAUUGAAGCAAACGCGGAUACUGUACUUCCUGGUCAAAUGCCUACAGUCGGGCAGAAACUCAACGUUUCGCAUUGGGGAGUUAUUACUCUUAUAUUAUGGAUCACUGCAUUUCUUCAACUGCUUGUGGCUGUUGUGGCGACCAAGGUCUCGGAACGGGUUGUUGUGCCUAGUGGUGAUUCGUUAUCAGAAGCUAAGGUUUUGAGGAAUAUGGUUGAAGAGGAUAUGUUGGAUGAAGAGGUCAAGGAUUUGAGAAAGGGGAAGAGUUUGUGGAUAUAUAGGAGUCGGCAUCUUGGAGACGGGUUAUAUGAUCUGUAUAUGGAGGAGGUAAGGAUAUGA